AUGUUGCAGCUGCAGUUCAGCAAGCCCGAAGGGAAGGAUUUCAUCCAUCUUAUUCUGUUCGAAUGCACUGGACCCCCAGGUGGUGCAAAGCACGUUUCUCGAAAUGGCGCUAAGAUAUGCGUGUCUGCUGUGAUGGAUGAGAAUACGCCUGCUGGGAAAAUUCAUAUGACGCCGUAUGAGUUGAACAGAUACUCGUUGCCUUACUUGCAAAAGCACUAUAUCUAUCGGAAGAAGGAUUCGGUGUCACGAUUCGUGCGAGCCGUUUAUUAUUGUGAAAUAUGUCACUAUCAUAUAUGGACAGUGGCGCAAGCAGUGUCGCAUUUUACUGCGCGUGAACACAUCGACAAUGAAGAAAAAGAGGCGAUGUCAAAGAAAUUGGAAAGUUUACCAGAACCAGUGAAGGAUCAGAUGGCAAGUGUGGAAAUAAUUUUGCACCAACAGUGCAAAUCCGCAGUACUUACGGACGAGCAAUAUGAAAUGGCAAAGAGUAUCGCCAGCUCGCUAUCAUUGUUAUUGCAGACCAAUGUGCACAAAAACGUUUCAUUGUCGCUGUUUGGCUCGUAUUACAUGAAACUUGCAACAGCGAGUAGUGAUGUAAAUCUGGCUUUGACUUGUCCACCAGAACUUUCGUUUGGCCAGUCGCUGUUUCGAGUUAAAGAAACACUGGAGGAUUCAACAAUAGGUAUUGUUUCACUAUGCGCUGUUUAG